AGUCUCUGGCAAACUGAAUUGGUGUCGCGUCCUCCUCCUCUCUUCCGACCCUUGGUGUGUUAUAAUACAGUGUCAGAUCAUUGCAUUAUUCAGUGCCUUUCGACCCAAAAAUUAGACAUUUGACUCCUCUGAUUGAAAGCCUUCAGUACUACCCAAUAUUUAAAACGUCUGCUGCUGUCGAGAAAGAAGCCGCCACCGCCGCUGAUGACUUGGUGUUGUUGGACGAACGUCAACUCAUCACAACACACAGCACACAUAGAGCCAUAUAGAGGACUUCCACAAAUUCUUCGAAUCAGGGAAAACAAUUGCUCAUCACACUAGUAUACAUCAUGGCGUUCGCUGCAGCUCGUAUGAUUCUCAAAGACAAGCGGAGGAAACCUUCACGUGAAGAGUAUUCGCCCAGAAACCGAAGCAAGGCUCGGGGCAAACAGUCGGAAGGAUCAAUACACCUGUCAACAAUUAACCAGCCAGUUGGGUCCCCUAAGCCGCCUCUUACAAAGAGCAAUGAUCCCGGAGCCAAGAGCAACUGCCAGCAGCAGUCGGCCAAGUCGUCAGGCAAGAAUUCCGGCAAUAACCGUAACAAUCAAAAGGCCAGCAGCAGCAAGAAGCCCUGCAACAGCAACAAUCAACAUGACCUAACUGUCACUAUUGACUUGUCGGAGCAUGGACUAACAGAAGAUCAAGUUGCAGAUUUCAAAGAAGCCUUUAUUGCAAUAGAUAAAGACGAAGACGGCCUAAUUACUGUGACAGAGCUGGGGAAAGUAAUGAAAUCCCUUGGCCAACGAUCGACAGACAAAGAGUUGAAGACUCUGGUGCGCGAAGUAUCAAACAGCAAUCUACGCAACACCGUCGAGUUUAAUGAAUUCCUACAAUUGAUGUCAAAGAAACUGAAGAAUGAUGGAUGCGAGGAAGAGCUACUCGAAGCUUUCCGGGUGUUUGACAAGUUGGGAGAGGGUUGGAUCAUGUCUGCCGAUCUGCGCGACGUCAUGCAACACUUGGGCGAGCGGCUGUCCGAUAUUGAAGUGGACGACAUGCUGAAGGAAGCCGAUCGUGAUAAUAACGGCCGCGUUUUCUAUCAAGAGUUCGUCGAGCUGUUGACAAAGUAGACCAUCAUCAACCCACAAGUAUACAAAAGGGAAAUAUCCACUGAAAUAACAGCACUUAUUUUUGGAAACGAAACGGCGAAAGUAGCCGAUAGCUACAGUAGCCUAUUAUAUCUUCUAUGAGAAACCAUCGUCAACACGAUGGCAAGGCCAGCAGCAAAUCACCUUGCCGCGUGUUUGCAGCACAAAUCGUAGAGAUGCGCGGAUGCCAAAUUGUCCGCUUUAUCGUUCCAUGAUGCUGGUGCCAAAUAAAUGUGGGUGUUUUUGCGCAAACGUUAUUCUCCAAAUGGCAAUAUCUAUUAUAUGAAUAAUAUAUAUUCUGUGUAAAUGUUUCCAUGUUUUGUUGUGGUUAAUGUUUGAUUUCGAUGUUCCAUUGGUUCUAUUGCAUUUUGACGCGGAGCUAGUCCAAGUCAUUCCAUCGUGUUUCACAUCAACAACCAAAAAUGUUGUCCUCUCUUUGAUGUUCAUGUGUGCGUACGUGUAUUGUCUGAUUGUGUGGGCUCACGGGAAUUCUACAUAGAGAACGAGACUUUCCUAAUUAGGUUGUUCAAAAGCUCAGCAAUUCACUAGCUGUCGAAAACUCUCUCAUCAGUGGCUAUAUUUUAGAACCCGAAGCCGUUUGUUGAUUUUGAAUGUUAAAUUACACUUCGGUUCAAUU